GUUUUAUAAAACUUUAAACAUUAAUUUAAUAUUACAGCGGUAAUUUGUUAUAUUUACUUAACACAUAAUGAGCAAAGAAGAUAUAAGCGACAACGAAGUAGAUGAAGAGCUUAAUGAGAUUAACAACAACCUGUCAAAUCUAAAUGUUCCAAAGAUUCCUGCAAAGUAUGUACGACCUGUCAGUCCUGUCGCAACAAGGCGAUGGAAAAUUCCAAAACCAGAAACUGCCAUAAUUAUUGCUCUGUCAUCUCGUGCCUUGUUUGACAUGACUGAAGAAAGGAAAAUAUACAGUGAACAAGGCCUCUCGAGCUACCUUAAGCACAUGAUCAGUCGUGAAAAUGAACCAUUAAAACCUGGAAGUGCCUUCCCAUUCGUCCAGGCAUUGACUUGCAUUAACCUGAGAUUGCUUGAACUUGACCCAAAUGAAAAGCAUUUGUUUGAUGUUGUGUUAAUGAGCAAUAACUCUGCACAAAUUGGUGUUGCCUUGAUCAAUUCCAUCAACUAUCAUGCUCUUACUAUUGAAAGGAUAUGCUUGACAGCGGGCAAAAGUGUCACCGGUUACUUGGCUGCUUAUGGAACUGAUUUAUAUUUAUCUGCUGACUCUGAUAAUGUUGUGGAAGCUUUAAAUGAAGGAAUUGCAGCUGCUACUGUAUUUUCUGGGGAUGGUGCUGUCCAAUCAAGUUGUGAACAACUUCGGAUUGCCUUUGAUGGAGAUGCAGUUUUAUUCUCAGACGAAUCUGAAAUUAUUGCCAAAGAACAUGGUCUCACAAAGUUCUUUGAAAAUGAAGCAGAAAAGGCGGAUCAGCCUCUUGAAAUAGGCCCUUUACAAAAGUUUGCUAUGGUUCUUGGUGAUGUGAAAAAGAAGUUCACAGAUCGUGGUAUAAUUGAAAACUGCCCGAUAAGGACUUACCUUGUUACUGCAAGAAGUGCUGCCAGCUCUGGCCUACGUGCACUCAGGACGCUGCGAUUGUGGGGAUUAGAUAUUGAUGAAGCUUUGUUCUUGGCUGGUGCUCCAAAAGGGCCAAUCUUGGAAAAAAUUAAACCACAUUUAUUUUUUGAUGAUCAAAAGCGUAAUGUUGAUAGUGGUCUUGAAUACGGGGUUAAAGCUGCUCAUGUGCCUUAUGGAAUCGCACAGAAACAUACUGGAAAGUAGUGUUUCGAUUCCAAGCAUGUUUCAGUCUACUUGAUUUUACAGCAAUGUUGAUGUAUGCAAUGUGUGUAAUUUGUGAUGCACUUGAUUUUACAUUUAAUUUUAAUCACAUUCCAAGCAAUGUUCCUUUUUAUAGCUUUUUCCAUUUUUCGUAAGGUAUAUAAUUAUAUUACAAAUCAAAGUGUGGUUAGUAUAAUUAAUAAAAAAAUUGAAUUUUUCCUAAGGUAUAUAAUCGUAUUACAAAUCAAAGUAGUGCUCAGUAUGUAAUAAUUUAAAAAAUAUCGAACUUGGAUUGUUGUUCAAUUUUGGUUGAAAGUAGUUUUUAUACUUGUCCCAUUGCGAUACUUUUAUAACUUGGACGGGUAUCACUGUUUUAUAUGGAGUUGUACUGCUUAUGAUUUUAGAACUAAACAUAAUACUGCACUUUUUAUGUAACGACACUGCCAUGUGCUUUCAAAUGGUAUUUAAGUAUUUACAGCUAUGUAUUUUAUUGUAAUAUAUAUAUUAUAUCCCUAUUAUUCUUGUCAAGAGCUGCAAAUGAUGUGUUUUUGUGCAACAGAUUUUAGUUUGCUUCCACCGAUCAUUCAUGUUUGGUUUCCCUGACUGCAUUAUGCAUAUGUAUUCAGUAUAUUAACAAAUAUAUAUAAUAAGAUAUUAUUUGCUUAACAUAUUCUUAAAACCUGCACCUGCAAUAAAGUAAGUCAAUAAAAAAACUCUCAC